AUGGAUCAAGAGGAAGAUAUUCUUGCUUCCUACUCUCCAGCUACUGUCGAAACCCCCGGUCUUUCCUACGUGCAGGAUGAAUGGAUCGCUCCAUGGUCGCCCUUUGCCCCUGAUGGAGACGAGACCUCCUUGAGUUUGCAGGCGGCAUGUGCGGCUUUCAUGGAAAGUGACCCGCAGGCCAUGGAAGAUGUUCAAUAUAUCUUGAAUAGCCUCGACGACGGUAGUGAAAUGCCUUUCUCGAAUGGGGCGCUGGGACAGAUUGGAGGCGAUGCCUCAGUAUCGUCUCCCCCAAUUCUUUCUGCGACUGAUGAGAGUUUUUCACUCAUCAGCCCUUCUCUCACCAGCCCUUCUCUGAUCACCGGCCCUCCUCCUCAUGAAGCGGAUCUUCCUCCGCCUCGUCCAGCGCGCACCAAUACCUUUUCUUCUAGAGCAAGCUCGGAUAAUGGGUCUACAAAGCGUCAACGUGUUGCAUCGGCUGUGUCGUCGAUAGACAGAAGAAGAGGUCCUACAGACCGAGUCAGUAAGAUAGACUCUUCAUCACUCAUCACACAAUCCAGCAAAAAACACGCCCCCAUGGUCUCCCGGGUACUGAGCAAGUAUACAUGGGAGCAGCUGGAUGAGAAAGAUGACAGGAAUGAAGAAGAACAAGCGGUCCGCGAUCUUAUCGCCAGUGAGUAG